GGGAAAUGUGGUGAUUUUCGUAGUAUUCAUUACACAUUUGUAGUGGUUUGGACAUGGAAUGUUUCCAUCAAUCGAUGGAUUCUCCGACGUUCACAAGGGUGUGAAGACCAUAGUUUUUCUAAUUGUCAAGCAUUCGUAGUCAAACAUACUUUUCUGUGUACACGUUUCGCUGUCGUCAAACCCGCAAUAUGGCAGAGAGAAAUUAUGCUCACGACGCAAGUAGCAACAGGAUUUUGACCGAUAAUCAAACACAUGAAUUCAAAUUGGGUAACAGCUUUAAGAAGAAUGUCUACAGUGCUUUCCAUACGAUGCGAUAUGAUUUCAAACCAGCCUCUGUGGAUACAACAAAGGAUGCCUCAUUAGAAGUAUACAAAGGAAAUGGUAUCAAGGUGACAGUGCCUCAUAUUGAGGGAACUGGAGCAGAAUUUGUUUACAAAGGCCCUAAAAAGCCUGUACAGAAAGAAUGCGUACUGAUAAUUGAUAACAAGACUGGUGAGAUUACACUAGAAAGACUCUCCAGUUGUAUACAGUUGAAGAAACAACGACUGGAGGGCAGUAGUAAAGCAUCAGCAAACAGACCUCAUACACCGGUAGAUCAUAAUAAACAAAAAUCUUCAUCUUUAUCACCUCCAAAAGGGAAAAAAGAACCCACACCACCAGCUGUGGUACAAGAUGCAGAGAAAGAUUUAUCUCCGUUUUCAAUUGGACCUCCAUCUAUACCAUCACCACCUGCACCUCAUCAUGUAUCAUCAUCGCUGUCUUCGUUAGGUUCAGCUAGCCACCCAUCGCCUACAAUAGCAGAAGAUUUGAUAAUGAGUAGCAGUGAUAGCAGUGACUCUUCUAGUGGAGACUCGAGUGAUGAUAGCUCAAGUGAGGAUGAUGAUGAUUUUAAUGAUGAUCAGUGUAAAAGAAAAAAAGUAACUCAUUCACCCAUUCACAGUACAAUGACAGGUGGUAGUGAACAGAAAAAACAUAGGACAUCAUCCGAGUUCAAUCAACUAUGCCAAGAUCUUCAGUUGAGUGAAUCUGGUAGUGACAGUGAUUAAUCAGGACUUGUUUUCUUGCAUCGCUGUACUCAAGAACUCUAAGCACGAAACCUAUCACACCUUUAUUAGUCCUGUUCCGAUGGACUUCAGGAUUGACCACUUGUCAAACAUGUCUGGAUCGAUCACAUUCAAACUUCACAUAUAUGACUUCUUGAAAUGCAUAUGCAUGUCCAUCUUUUUCGAGAUUACCGAAUGGCUGCCAUUUUUGUGCUAAAAAUUAUGGAACCAGAUCUUGGUCACGUAUGGGUGGAUUAGAUUCAAUCUUGGUACCAAUGUACACACUAAUACUCACAUUUUUUCAUUUCAUCGUCUUAAUUGAAGAUGACACCUUGGCAUUAUCAGUCCGCUUCUGAUUCAGUGGCUGACUGGUUUCAGUUUGGUUUAACAUUGCAUUACUUCAAAAUUGUAUUUACAUAUCAAAACACAUUGUAAACAUUUUUAAUAAAUAUUGAUACCUGUAUCAGCAGGCUUUACACAUCUCAGCAGUAAAUUGGCAAGCAGUUGUGGCAGUACCAGGUGACGAUGCAUUGGAGAAAAUAAAUCUUUUGGUGUCAACAAAUAUCACCUGUGACCAUACAAUUUAUCAAACGAGUAGUAAUUUUUAUUUGUUUAUUUUUCAGAACAAAUGAAAAUUACUACACAAUUUCAUUCCAUAUUAUGCUGAACAGCUUUUACACACACACAAUAUGACAGGAAAUGAUAAUUUGUGAAGUUGUUUUCAAGGCAUAUCAGUUUUUAAUUUGCUUAUGUGAUCAUAAACGCUGAUUACUUUUGGAGUCAUCAAUAUAUUUUCAAUAUUUAAGGUUCUAGGAUGCAUUCAAAAAAUGAUUGUUAAUUUUAGAGUUUUGUGAGAAAUAAACACAAGACAUGGGUGAAAAAAAUUUGCUAUGCGUGGAUAAGUUGAAGUUGAAGUUGGAAGAAUUAGAAAUGCUACUAAAACCAGAAAUGCUCAAAUAUGUAACCUUUAUGAAAUAUAGUGUAAAACCACCAAAAUUUGAAAUAUUUUGAAAUUGUCUUAAUAUCAAAUGUCAGAUUACUGAUAUUGUUAUUGCAUAGAAUGAAUAUUUAUUAUGCUGAACUGCCAUAUGUAGGAUAUAUUGUGAUAUCUCAAGAUUGUCAUAUCUUCACACUGUGACAUAUUGUGAUAUAUUCAUACUCCACACUGAUAUGUGAUACCUCCACACUGAUUUGAUAACUCCAGUGAUAUAUUUUGAUUUCUCCACACUGUUAUAUACAUCUCCCCACUGUGAUGUAUCAUGAUAUCUCCACACUGAUAUAUCGUGAUCUCUCCACACUGUUGUAAAUCGUGAUCUCUCCACACUGUUGUAAAUCGUGAUCUCUCCACACUAUGAAAUAUCGUGAUCUCUCCCACACUGUGAUAUAUCGUGAUCUCUCCACACUGUUGUAAAUCGUGAUCUCUCCACACUAUCAUAUAUCGUGAUCUCUCCCACACUGUGAUAUAUCGUGAUCUCUCCACACUGUUGUAAAUCGUGAUCUCUCCACACUAUCAUAUAUCGUGAUCUCUCCACACUGUGAUAUAUUGUGCUAUCUUCACACUGUGAUAUAUUGUGCUAUCUCACCACUAUGAUAUAUUGUGCUAUCUCCACACUAUGAUAUAUUGUGAUAUCUCAAUGUGUGAUAUAUUGUGCUAUCUCCACACUAUGAUAUAUUGUGAUAUCUCAAUGUGUGAUAUAUUGUGCUAUCUCCACACUAUGAUAUAUUGUGAUAUCUCAAUGUGUGAUAUAUUGUGCUAUCUCCACACUAUGAUAUAUUGUGAUAUCUCAAUGUGUGAUAUAUUGUGCUAUCUUCACACUAUGGUAUAUUGUGCUAUCUCCACACUAUGAUAUAUUGUGAUAUCUCAAUGUGUGAUAUAUUGUGCUAUCUCCACACUAUGAUAUAUUGUGAUAUCUCAAUGUGUGAUAUAUUUUAGUAUAUCCAUAGACACAAUUGCAUCACGGAUGAUGAAUUAUCAUUUGGAACAGUUGUUUCAAGCAUGAAUCUUCUUCAAUAGCAAUUUUGUGAAAUACUAUGGUAAAAACAUAAUCAUGAUUUAUAAAAUUAUUUGUCAAGACAGAUGAAUGUCUUACUUCUUCAUUUACAUUUAAUGUUUGUUUUUUUUGAGGAAAACUGGAAUAUAUGAUUGUUUGUGCAUCUACGUUUUUUCUUCUUCAAUUUAAACUUAAAAAUAAAUCAAUUUU